GCAAAUUGCACUAGUUUUGUUUGGAAUGCGGAUGCGAUAACUGCAUGCAAUUAGCGCGCGCUCGGUACGCGCAUGCGCAUUGGUGGAGCAAUCAGAGGAUCGGGAGGACGAACGAGGAAAAGAAUGGCUGCGACUAGGAGGCUAGCCAAGGAACUAAAGGAGAUCAGAGACGGCAACUCCAAGAUAUUCAGAAACAUAAUUGUCGACGAAUCCAACAUCUUGAACUGGCAGGGGCUGGUGGUGCCUAAUCAAGAACCAUUCAACGGAGGUGCCUUCAAAAUAGAGAUCGUCUUCCCUGCAGAAUACCCGUUCAAACCUCCAAAGAUUACAUUCAAGACAAAGAUCUACCACCCGAAUAUCGACGAGAAGGGCCAGGUGUGUCUGCCCAUCAUCAGCCCAGAGAACUGGAAACCGGCCACAAAAACUGAUCAAGUCAUUCAGGCACUAGUGGCGCUGGUCCACGAACCGGAGCCGGAACAUCCGCUGCGCGGGGACUUGGCCGAGGAAUUCACAAAGGACCGUGCAAAAUUCAAUAAGAAUGCCUUAGAGUUCACGAGGCAACACGCAGAGAAGAGGCCAGCAGACUGACGGCAAUGGAACACGGCCUGUGUCCUCUUAGCACCAUUGACUUUGCUCUGUUCGUAGAGCUAUAUAUGUCGUACUUGUUGCAUACAUAUUAUCAUAAUCUUGCUACAUAGUAUAAUUAUUAUACCUGUAUGUUGUUAUUCACAUGCAUUAGUGCCAUACAUGCACUGCUUGCUAGCUCUGAUCGAUUGUACUAGGGUGUGCACUUAUUGGAAUUUCUAAUUUUUUGUGUGACCACGCAUUAAACCAUCCGCAGAAAGCAUUCUAUAUUUUGCCCACC